CUCCCCCUCAUGUUCAGCUGUAGCUCUCGCGUCCUUUUCUCCCGGCUUGCCUCCUCUCGCUUUUCUUCUUCUUCCUUCCCCCCCUCCACGUUUACCUUCCUCGUCCCAUCGGCCCCCACCACCACAUCGCCACCAUGUCCACCGGUCUCGACAUCGUCCACACGGCCCACGCCGCCCAGCCCGUCGGCCCCUACUCCCAGGCCAUCAAGGUCAACGGCCAGAUCUUCCUCUCCGGCCAGAUCCCCCUCACCAAGGACGGCGUCCUCAUUGAGGGCUCUAUCACCGAGAAGACCCGCCUCUGCUGCGAGAACAUCAAGGCCAUUGUCGAGGAGGCCGGUUCCAGUGUCGAGAAGAUCUUCAAAGUUACCGUCCUCCUCGCCGACAUGGCCGACUUUGAUGAGAUGAACAAGGAGUACGCCCAGUUCUUUGCCCACAAGCCCUCGCGCUCAUGCUUUGCUGUGAAGCAGCUUCCCAAGGGUGUGCCCGUGGAGAUCGAGUGCAUCGCUUUGGCUUAGGCGAGGUUGUAGUUGUCUAUAUAUCGUUGACGCAGAUAUUCAAGGGGAAAACCCAUGGUUGUUUGUUGAUAAGGUUACCGUGGUAGUGGCUCCCUACAACGUCAUCCUGAUUGUUUCCAGUGCGGUGCGGUGUUGCUGCUGUGAUUAACUAUCAUUAUGCUAUGUAAAACUCGACAACUUCCCAAACAAACGUCCAACCCGCAGGUUAAUGGCU